AUGGCAGGAGACGAGGCAGGCAGCGGCGGUGCCCCCUGCCCCCCCGCCCCCCUCUCCGCUGUGGAACAGGCGGCAGCGGCGGUGCGGGAUCUGGUCAGCGGGCGGGCGGCGCAGAGGGUGGAGUCGGAGCGGGCCGCCGAGGCUCGCAGGCACGGCCUGCCAGAUGCUUCCGCGGUGCACUGGCUGGGCCCACAGGGCGCAGCGGCUGUGGAGGAGGGCAGCCAGCCUGGGUGCGGCCCGCCCUGGCGCAACCGCAUGGUGCUCGACCGCAACAGGCUCAUGCAGUUGCACCAAAAGGCGAGGGCGCAGCGGAAGGCGGCCAGGGCGGGCGGCUUUGCGGGCUACCCUGGAGGCCCACACGGCGGCGGCCGCGGCGGCGGGCCCACUGCCGCGGCAGCAGGGAAUAGCGGCGGCGGCCGGGGUAGGAGCGGGGGAGGGCCCGGAGGAGGCGGCAGCAGCAGAGGUGGCAGCGAUGGCAGCCGGGGGCCGCGGCAUGCCUCCGCGGUGUCGGCAGCGGUGGCAGAUGGCGGCGGCGGCGGCGGGGCGGUGCCUAGCAGUGCGGCAGGCAACAAGCGCCGCACCCCUUCUGCAGCUGCGGCUGCAGAUGCAGCUGCUGUUGGCCUGGAUGUGCCCAGUGUGGAGCGCAGCCGACAGGCGGAGAGGGAGCGGCAGGAGCAAGAAGAGCAGCAGGGAGAGGGGCAGAAACGCAAGCGGGUGGGUGACCUGGCAGAGGAGGCUGAGCUGGCGGCGGCGCUGGCGGCCUCGGCUCGGGAUGCUGGGCUGGCAGGGGGCGCAGCCGGCAUGCCGGCUGGCGCUGCCACCUUCAGCGCGCGGCAGCCGGAUGUGGGGCAAUGGGUCCAUGUCGACCCGCUGACCAACUCUGUGGACGAUGCGGCGGCGGUGGCGGCCAAGCAGCCGCGCGAGCGCCAGCCGCUGCCGCACGUGGUGGCGCUGGCGGGCGGCGGCGCCAAGGACGUCACGCAGCGGUAUGCGGCCGACUGGCUGGCUGCCGAGAAGCUGCGGGACGAGGAGUGGUGGCGGCAGACGCUGGCGCCGCUGCGCAGGCUGGAGGCCGCUGCCAGCCUGGCAGCGGGUGCUGCCACCGGCGGGGAUGGCAGCCCAGGCAGCGGCGAGGGGCUGGGGCCCCGGGCUGCCGCCGCGGCCAGGCGGCGGCAGGCGGCGGCAGAGGCGGCGGGGCAGAGCGCGGCGCGGCUGGCGGCGGAGCGCGAGGAUGCGGAGCUGGAGGAGCGAGCGGCGCAUGCCCGCCUCAGCCUGCCCAGCACCAUGGAGGGUUUCCGCGCCCACUCGGCGUUUGUGCUGGAGCGCCACAUCCCGCGCUUCUGCGCCGUGAAGCCGGGGGCCGGGAAGCAGGGCAUGCACAGGGGCGAGCCCUACUUCCGCCGCUGCGACCUGGCUGACCUGCACACCGCCGCCAAGUGGCGCACCGACCACGGGCGGGAGGUGGUGCCGGGGGAGGUGGAGCGGCCCUACAAGCGGGUCAAGAGCAGGAAGAGGGUGGGGGCGGGGUCGCCGCUGACGCUGAACGGGGGGCCGGAGGGGGAGGAGGAGGACGAGGAGGAGGAGGAGGAGCUCGACGGCGGCGGCGCCGGCGUCCGGUCCAGCGACCCCUCCGCCCCCACCACGCUCCUGUACGGCAUCUGGCAGACGCGGGAGUGGGUGCCCGUGGCGGCGGCGGAUGGCAGCAUCCCCACCAAUGAGCACGGCAACGUGGAGGUGCCGCCCCUGGCCAAAAAGAUGCCGGCGGGCCUGGUGCACCUCGACAUGCCCUACGUCGUCAACACCUGCAAGGCGCUGGGCGUGGAGCAUGCGCGGGCGCUGGUCGGCUUUGCGCGCAACCGCUUCCCGCAGGUCGAGGGCGUGGUGGUGUGGGAGGAGGACCAGCAGCGAGUGGUGGAUGCCUACCUGCAGGCGGAGAGGGAGCGGGAGGAGAGGAAGCGGUUGAAGGCGGAGGCGGAGGCGGACGCCGCGUGGCGCAUGCUGCUGCGCGCCGUGCUGGCCCGUGUGCGCCUGCAGCAGAGCUACGGCCCGCAGCAGUCGCAGGAGCAGGCCGGGGAGGCGGCCAUGGCCGAUGCGGCGGCUGCCCUGUUGCAUCAAAGCGGGGCCGCGCCGCCAGCCAGGGCUGGAGCAGGCAAGAAGCGGGGUGGCGGGAGGAAGAGUGCGGCGACGGCAGCGGCGGCGGCUCCCACAGCAGCUGCUGCCGAUGUGGUCGACCUGGCCGGCAGCGACUCUGAUGAUGCCGUACCCUCAGCCGGCACUGCACCGCCCGCUGCGCUCGGCCUGGACCUGCACCAGCUGCGUGGCAAGCUGGAGGCGCAGCUGUCGCCGGCGGGGCAGCGCCAGCAGCAGCAGCAGCAGCAGCAGCGGGAGCAGCACAUGGCCGAUGUACACCAGGAGGAGAUUUAG